AUGCCUUCGCUGCGUAGUCAGAGCGUGCUGAAGCCGUCGCUUGCUCUAUGGUCCACGCGGGGUGUGGGUAUGGGGGAAUAUUUCGGCGGCUGGCUCGCUGCGUUACUUUUCUGGCGUCGGGUUGAGGAAAGUCAAACAGCCAAUCAGAGGCGAGCGCACAGAAACGAUCCGAAUUCGGACACGUGGGGUUUGGGAUCCCGCAUCGGACUGUAA